GAUGCUAAUAAGUUACCUUGCUUUUCCAUGCUGUCCAGACAGACAUCUCCCGCGUUUCCCUCCGCAGCUUUAUAAUAACCCUCACCCUCUCCUGUGCCCUCCUUAUCCUUUAUCUGCUACAUUCUCUCGUGGAAGGCCUGGUGUGGAGUCUAGGCAUAUAAUUCAAGUAAUAUCAAGUGGUCCCAAUCAGUCCCAGCUUCCUGUCUUCACUACAUCAUUCUUAUCGAUCCUCUGAGCGCUCAUGUCCAACGUCCAUCUCCUUGUGCUCAUCCAUGGCAUGUGGGGUAACCCUAGCCACUUGGCACAACUAAACCGUAUGAUCCAGGAAGUCAAGGGUUCGAAUGAUCAAGAUGGCGUGGAACUCGUCGUUCUAGCCGCCGAGACCAAUAAAGACGAGUCCACCUAUGAUGGGGUUGACUGGGGAGGUGAAAGAGUCGCCAAAGAAAUCUUGGAGGAAAUCGAGAAGCAACGGGAAAAGGGGAAGACUGUCACUCGCUUUUCUGUUACAGGAUACAGUCUAGGUGGUCUUGUAGCACGCUAUGUGAUUGGUAUUCUUCACCAGCGUGGUUUCUUCGAAUCCGUCACCCCUGUUAACUUCAAUACCCUCGCUACGCCUCAUAUCGGCAUCCCUAGAUAUGCCUCUACAUUCUCUUCCAUCUUCGCUUACUUGGGACCCAAAUUGCUUUCGAGGUCCGGCGAACAGUUCUUUUGUGUAGACAAGUGGUCCGUCAAGGGUCGAUCACUUAUAGAAGUCAUGGCAGACCCAGAACGUAUAUUUUAUCAAGCUUUGCUAUUGUUUCCAAACAUUAGAAUUUAUGCGAACGGUAUAAACGACAUGACCGUACCUUAUGUGACCGCUUGUAUUGACGCUGAAGACCCUUUCGCGGAUUACGAGGAGAAUGGCAUUCAAGUAGAGUGUCACGAGGAAUACAAAUAUCUAAUCAAAUCAUAUGCUAUGUCAGAGUCACCAAUGGAAAUAAUACGCACCCCAUCUCCCUCUGUAUUCUCCGCCGAGUGGUUCUCUAAUAUCAAGAACAGUCGCCCUCCUUUACCACCAUUUCUCCAACGUGGAUUCCCAUUGAAUAUUUUCCUAUACGCGCUCCUACCGUUGCUCCUUCCUACAUUCAUUUCGCUGGUCCUUGUUCGACUUUCACUGGCUGCCCAUCAUUCGCGUAGUCGCCUUAAAUCACUCGAGGCGAACUCUUUGAAUGGCGAGACGCUCAUCCACAUAAUUGCAAAGUUGGAAAGCCAGUUAGAAGGCGCCGUAGCUGAAUUUUACGAUGAUCCCCAAACUAGCCCUCGCGGACCUUCACCUGCGCUAGAAACCCCAGAGUCCGACGGUACCGAAAAGAAAAAGGAACGGAAAAGAUCGAAGGCGAAAUCGAAAUCGAAAUCGCACCUACCCAUCUUCACGCCCGUCCAACUUCGCUGUAUCGAACAUCUUAACAAGAUCCCUCAACUGAAGAAAGAGAGAACGUUCUUCAAAGACGUUCGCAAUUCGCAUGCUAUCAUAGUUUGUCGAGAUAUAAACAUCAAGCAACACCUAGAAGGAGAGGGUAUAUUGAAACACUGGGCGGACAAUUUCGUUUUGUAAUGUUUUUAUUUAUUAUAUGGAUGUUGUUUUGGGCCUGGGGGGAUUGGAAUCUCACUGCUGGCGUAGUCUGUCUUUCUUGUUUAUCUAAUUCAAUAUAUGACAGCCCAUGCUGUCCUCGUUUUACCCUGGUCAAUCACUUAUCCAGGUAUAGAAUU